AUCUGGCUCUGUCUUCUCCUUCUUCUUCACGUAUCUGUGAAAUGCUCAAGCUAAUUAGGGUUUAUCAACUCUUUCUUAACUUUCUUAUUAUUGCCUUCGUUAUCCUCUCCGUCUUCUCAGAUAACAAAAUAUGGCUGCGGAGCUUGUAAGUUCUGCAACAAGUGAGAAGCUUGCUGAUGUGGACUGGACCAAAAACAUUGAGAUCUGUGAAUUAGCUGCUCGAGAUGAAAGGCAAGCAAAAGAUGUUAUCAAGGCUAUCAAAAAACGCUUGGGAAGCAAGAACCCAAAUACUCAAUUAUAUGCUGUCCAGUUGCUGGAGAUGUUGAUGAAUAAUAUUGGAGAGAAUAUUCAUAAGCAGGUUAUAGAUACAGGUGUACUCCCUACACUUGUGAAGAUAGUAAAGAAAAAAUCGGAUUUGCCUGUAAGAGAGAGGAUUUUUCUUCUUCUUGAUGCAACUCAAACCUCCCUUGGUGGCGCUUCAGGGAAAUUCCCUCAGUAUUAUACAGCAUACUAUGAUUUAGUGCACGCAGGAGUUAAAUUUACCCAGAGACCUAAUGCUACACCAGUUGUGGUCACUGCUGAAGCUGUUCCGAGAAAUACGCUCAAUGAACAACUUGCAUCUGCUAGAAAUGAGGGGCCUGCUACUACUCAGCAGCGAGAAUCUCAAACUGUCUCUCCUUCGAGCAUUUUACAAAAGGCUAGUACCGCAUUAGAAGUUUUAAAGGAAGUGCUUGACGCAGUCGAUUCUCAAAAUCCUGAGGGGGCAAAAGAUGAGUUUACUCUUGAUCUUGUCGAGCAAUGUUCGUUUCAGAAAGAGCGCGUAAUGCACCUCGUCAUGACAUCGAGGGAUGAAAAAGCAGUUUCUAAAGCAAUUGAAUUGAAUGAGCAACUUCAGAGAAUUCUCAAUAGACAUGAAGAUUUGCUGUCUGGCAGAAUCACAGUUCCUAGCAGGUCUACUACAUCCAAUGGAUAUCAUUCCAAUCUCGAACCUAUCCGUCCUAUCUCAAACGGUCACAAUAAACCCGAGCUAAAGGCUUCUAAUGCAAAUACCGAAUCAAGCAGCUCCAUUUCUAACCGAGCCCAUCUUAAGCUUGAGGAAGAAGAUGAGGAAGAGGAGCCUGAGCAGUUAUUCAGAAGAUUGCGAAAAGGGAAAGCUAGAGCAAGGCCUGAGGAUGAAGAAGAGCCAUCACCUCCACAAGGCUUACCUGGAUCAGCAAUCCAUAACGAAAGACUUAACCGUCCACUUAUUCGUCCUUUACCAUCAGAGGAGGCAUCACGCGGUGGUGAUAGCCAUUCGCAAUCCCCACCUGUUGUGAUUCCACCACCACCUGCGAAACACGUUGAGAGGGAAAAAUUCUUCAAGGAGAAGAAAGUUGACGGUGCCUCAGGUUUACCAGGUCAUAUGAGAGGCCUUUCUUUGCAUAGCCGCGAUGGCAGCAGCUCACGCAGUGGAAGCGUAGACUUCAGUGACUGAAACAAACCAAAGCUCUCAUCAUCAUAUAUAUGUAUUCUUUCACGCUCGUUUCUUUAGGUUUUGGUAAUUUACAGAUGGAAAAAGUUUGUGUUGUGUGUGCGGCUCUCUCGCUCUCUCCCUCUCUCUCUCUAGUGUUGUGAAUUUAGAAUAUAGCACCAUGAAAGAUCUGGUUAUGUAUACGAGUAAAGGUACUUCCUUUCA